AUGUGUAUAUCAAUAGCAACAACAAGUCAUCCAGAUUAUCCACUAAUACUAUGUUCAAAUAGAGAUGAAUAUUUUAAAAGACCAACAAAUCCUGCACAAUUUAGACGAUUAAAUGAUUCAGUUCAAAUAUUAACACCAUUAGAUUUAGCAAGACCUGAACAUGGUACUUGGAUUGGAGUUACUACUACUGGUAAAAUUGCAGUAUUAGUAAAUUAUAGAGACCUUGAUACUGAAAUGACAUUAUGUGAAGUAUCAAGAGGUGUACUACCUUUAAGUUAUUUGAAAUCGAAUUUACUGGAUGAAGAAUGGAGAGAACAAUUAAUGUCAGAAGUAGAAAACAAUGACAAUAAAAUAGAUAUCACAAAAAUAGGUGGAUUUAGUUUAUUAUAUGGUCAUUUAAAAUUGGAUUCUCAAACUCAAAAAAUUGAACAUUUAAAUAUCUUGAGUAAUAGAGGUAAUUAUGGUAAGAUAUUUGAAACUGUUGAAAAUGGAAAUAUAGUUGAAUCUGAAUAUGAUGAUGACGGUAUUUCAGAAAAGACAACUUUUGGAUUAUCCAACUCGUUGUAUAAUGAACCUUGGAAAAAAGUUAAAAUGGGAGAAAAAUUAUUGAAUUCACUAAUAGAAACCUCGAUACAAAAGAAUUAUAAUCAAGAAAAAUUAGUAGAAGAAUGUUUCAAAGUAAUGAAAACCGACACAUACGAUAAAACAAUAAAUGAAGGUAAAAGUUUCGACACCAAAAUUUUGGAAUUAAGAAAUUCAAUAUUCAUACCACCAAUAAAAAGAAAUGGACCAGAAAGUAAUCUAUUAUCAAUUGGGGAUUACUAUGGUACAAGAACUCAAACUAUUAUAUUAUUAACUAAAACCGGUGAACUAAAUUAUUAUGAAAGAAAUUUACAUAUGGCUGAUAAGCCUGAAGUAGAAAAACCUUUAAUUACAUCUUGUUUUAAAUAUAAUAUUUGGGACUAA